UAGAGCUGAGCCAGCCAGCAGCCGGAGCGCGAUCGCUGUCUGGGGAGCAUAGAUGUGCAAAACCCCUGGAAUAUCCGUGCGCUGGAGAGGCCAGAACCGACCACCGUGGAGGACCGUCUUCAUUUAGUCGUCAUAAAGGAAAGUGCCACGGCGAAAGCAUGGCGGUAGAAGAGGAAGGUCUCCGGGUUUUCCAGAGCGUUAAAAUAAAAAUAGGAGAAGCAAAAAACAUCCCUCCGUACCCGGGGCCAAACAAGAUGAGGGACUGUUACUGCACAGUCAACCUGGACCAAGAGGAAGUCUUCAGGACCAAGAUUGUGGAGAAGUCGCUUUGUCCGUUCUACGGGGAGGACUUCUACUGCGAGAUCCCGCGUAGCUUCAGGCACCUCUCCUUUUACAUUUUCGACAGGGAUGUCUUCAGAAGGGACUCCAGUAUCGGCAAGGUUGCUGUGAAGAAAGAGGACCUGCAGAAAUAUCACGGGAAAGACACCUGGUUCCAGCUACAACCUGUCAGCGCUGACUCAGAGGUGCAGGGAAAAGUGCACCUGGAGCUUCGUCUGAGUGAAGUCAUCACGGACAGUGGCGUCAUCAGCCAUAAACUGGCCACACGAGUACUGGAGUGCCAAGGUCUUCCGAUUGUCAACGGCCAAUGUGACCCCUACGCUGCCGUGUCCUUGCUAGGUCCUUCAAGGUCAGAAGCCAAGAAGACCAAGGUGAAGAGGAAAACCAACAAUCCACAGUUUGAGGAGGUUUUCUAUUUCGAGGUGACGCGGCCGUUGAGCUACACGAAGCGGCAGUUUGACGUUGAAGAGGAGGAUGUUGACAAACUGGCGCUGAGGGUGGACCUGUGGAACGCCAGCAACCUGAAGUUUGGGGAUGAGUUUCUGGGAGGUGUGCGUGUGCCCCUGCGGGUCCUGGGUCAGGCCGGAGUACACGACGCAUGGUACUUUCUGCAGCCCAGGGAGAACGGGGGGAAGUCUGUGAAGGUUGAUGAGCUCGGCUCUCUGCGUCUGAACAUCGUUUACACCGAGGACCACGUCUUCCCCUCCGAACACUACACUCCGCUCAGAGAUCUGCUGCUGCACUCUGCUAAUGUCGAGCCCGUUUCAGCGUCCACAGCUCAUAUUCUCGGGGAGGUGUGUCGAGAGAAGCAAGAAGCCGCCAUCCCUCUCGUGCGUCUCUUUCUUCAUUACGGCAAAAUAGUGCCUUUCAUCAGCGCCAUUGCUCAUGCUGAAAUUAACCGCACACAGGAUCCAAACACCAUUUUCAGGGGAAACUCGCUGACUUCUAAGUGCAUCGAUGAGACCAUGAAGCUGGCAGGAAUGCACUAUCUCCAAGUCACGCUCAAGCCAAUUAUAGAUGAGAUCUGCACUGAACACAAGCCCUGUGAAAUCGACCCCGUCAAGCUCAAAGAGUCAGAAAACCUGGAGACGAACAGGGAAAACCUUCGUCACUAUGUAGACCGCAUUUUCAACGUUAUCACAACCUCUGGUGUUCGCUGUCCCACCGUCAUGUGUGAUAUCUUCUUCUCUCUGCGAGAGUCUGCUGCCACUCGUUUCCAAGUUGACCAAGAUGUCCGAUACACAGCAGUGAGCAGUUUCAUCUUCCUGCGUUUUUUCGCUCCAGCCAUCCUCUCGCCAAACCUGUUCCAUCUACGACCGCACCAUCCGGACCCCGCUACUUCGAGAACCCUCACCCUCAUAUCUAAGACGAUCCAGACCCUGGGGAGUCUUGCCAAGUCAAAAUCUGCCAAUUUCAAAGAGUCUUACAUGGCUGCUUUUUACGACUACUUCAACGAGCAGAAAUAUGCAGACGCUGUGAAGAAUUUCUUGGAUCUGAUCUCCACGUCUGGAAAAUGGGAUCAAAAGAGCAUUGAGACACCAAUCAUGCUCAAAGAGGGGUUCAUGAUAAAGAGAGCCCAGGGGAGAAACCGGUUUGGAAUGAAAAACUUCAAGAAGAGAUGGUUUCGUCUCACCAACCACGAAUUCACCUACCACAGAACGAAAGUUCCAUCUCUGAUGUUGUUCCUGUUCCCACCAGGUGAGGGAGCUCUUUGCAGCAUUCCCAUAGAGAACAUUCUGGCUGUAGAGCGGCUGGAGGAGGAGUCUUUCAAAAUGAAAAAUAUGUUCCAGGUCAUUCAGCCAGAGCGGGCGCUCUACAUCCAGGCCAACAACUGCGUAGAGGCGCGCGACUGGAUCGACAUCCUGACCAAAGUCAGCCAGUGCAACCGCAAACGCCUGAGCACCUACCACCCUUCAGCCUACCUCAACGGCCACUGGCUAUGCUGCAAGCUCUCAGCAGACACUGCUCCCGGGUGUACGCCCUGCACCGGCGGCCUCCCGGCAAACAUCCAGCUGGAUGUAGAUGGUGACAGAGAGACCGAGAGAAUUUACUCCCUGUUCAGCACAUACAUGACCAAACUGAUCAAGAUGCAAGAGGCCUGCGGCAGUAAGUCGGUAUAUGACGGCCCCGAGCAGGAGGAGUACUCCACCUUCGUCAUAGACGACCCCCAGGAGACCUACAAAACCCUGAAGCAGAUCAUUUCAGCCGUGCAGACGCUGGAACAGCAGCACACCAAGUACAAACGUGACAAGUUCAAGAAGACAAAGAUAGGCAGCCAGGAGCAUCCGAUUGGAGACAAGAGUUUCCAGUGCUACAUCCGCCAGCAGUCUGAGAGCUCCACCUACUCCAUCUAGCCACAGCCCUGGAUCCGGUUUCUGUGAUGCUCAAAACCAGCAUAUUUUUCUCUACUGCAGAAAAAUCCACCGAAAUUGAGCUCUGUGUCUGGUAUCGAGUUUUAAAGCAUUUCCCGUGUCUAAAAUAAGCAAAUAAAAUAACUUCCUUAAGACGCUUGUGGAAGUAAAGCAACCUUUCACCCCGAUCUGAUCUAGUUUUGAGAAAAUGACAACUUUACGACUCAUUGCCAAACUCCAAGAGCCGCGUAUAUGGACCUACCUGCAGUUUCUCAAAGUGCAUCGCUCCACAUUUGGACAAACAGAGCUCACUUUUAGAAGAGAGAGGGAGGAGAAAAAAGAGGAGCACUUGUGGAGGAAAGGAGGGAUAUGAGUGAAGAGGGGACAGUCUCCUUUCCGCGACGUGACGAGAGAACAAAGGUUUUCACUGGACAGUUCUGACAGUGACCAGCACGCACUUUAAUCGCCUCCAAAUCUUCGGACGAACAAGCCUCACAGCACACUUUUCAGAAAGCGACUUUUACCUCUUUGAUUUGUGUGCGGUUAUUUUAAAUGUUGUUGAAAUUGUUACCUUUCAUUUGCCGUCUGACGGACGAAGCUCCAGACGAGAAGGAAGGACUGCAGCUUAUCCCCUCUGCGGGUGAUGUUAUACCUGUGUACCUUUCACUUUCAAGCCUCUCCCCCCAGCGUCUUCGGGAUACAAGUUCAGGAAGAGCCACAAAAAAAACAAAAAAAAGGGAUCAUCGGGCCCAUUUGCAGCCCAAGCGACUUCAUUUAAGCUACCAAAAAUCUCUCCACGUACAAUUUUAGCCCACAUUUUAAAAACCCUUUAAAAAGAGGUUUCCAUGUUUUGUUUUUUAAGCUUUGAUCUGUUUUGGUUGGUCGUCAUGCCCCAGUGAAACCAGUACCCAGGUUGGCAUUUUUUUCCCCCCCUGCCCGCACAGGUUAUGCUGUAAUCAUGGGUAAAUUACAUCAUUCAAGACCAGUUUCUUUAGAUGCAGAAAAUGUGCAUGUGGCAGAACAAGUCCUUUUUCAGGUACAGCCGUACAGUCUAGUGGACUACGUUAUACUGAUGCAAACACAAGGGAGACAGAAUAUUAGAGAACUCUGAGUACAGUGUAGUCCAGUACAAAACUGGCUUUAAUAAUUACAGCAGAGCAGCUGUAUGGAUUUCAUAAGACACAAUUUUCAUCACUUACUGUCCAUUUAUGGUGGAUAAGUAUAAUUAAUGUCAGAAAAGCAGCUUUAAUAAUGAAACGGAAAGACACUUUUCCCCGACACCCAGCGCUGGGCUGAGACCACACAGCUUGGCAUUAGCUCAGAGGCCUGUUUCACUCCUGUGUAAGCAGGAAAAUAAGUAAAAGCCUGUCUACCCCCUCCAGCUAUCACAAAUGAGAUCAUUAACAGGGAUGUUUUAUUUUCAGAUACACUUCUAAUUAUUACGCAAACUAACAUUUUAACCUGUCUUAGAUUGUAAUUGUGAAAUGGAUAGAGUGUGACUGAUUGUGUUGCCCCGCUGGUUACCUAAUAAUAAUGUGGUUCUUUUGUUUCUGUGAGUUAGCCUCCCACUCCCUCCGUACCUUGUCGUUUGAACUCUUAUUUAUAUGCAUUCCACUGAAAAGCUACCUGCUGUGAAGCGCCUCACGAUCUAUUGAAGGUACAGGAUUUAUUGUUGCUAGCCAACUGUGUUGUGUUGUCCCAUGCUUUCGCAAAGGCGGACGCAUUUUUUUGUCUUUCACUCUGACAGUGCAUGUGAAGUGUAGACAGCAGACUCUGCAAGCGACUACAAACCACAACUUUUGUAUUUUCCGAAUCCAAGUAUGUGCUUAUGUAGCCUCGCGGGUGUUCGCCCCCAUGGUCACAGGAUCCUAAACAGUGCCAGUUAUCACUUUUCUAAAGUUCAUUUUUUAAAUAUAUAUAUAUAAAUAUAUUAAAAAAAAAACCCAACUGUACUGUUUGUAAAACAGCUGAACAACUAAUCCAAUUAUAUGUUUUUGUUUUUUGGGUGGGUCAAAUAAGGAAGGUUCUCAACAAUUUGACUCUGUUUUCUAUCUUGUCAUACGGAAAUUUUGCUGUGUAUCUGAGCUGGAUGAGGUGUGUGUGUGUGUGUGUGUGUGUCUGUUAUGUGGGUGUGUGCUUAUUUUUGUCAGUGUGGACACAUGUGACUGACGUGAUGGGUUGUGUUGCCAAUUGAUCAAACAGUGUUACAGGUCAGGAAAGGCAGAUCACUGCCUGUAAUUAUACUGAAGACACUGUUACUUCACUCUUGGCCUGACUUAGCGUAUCCCUUCUUUCCUCUCAUAUACAAUCACUGUUUCUUUUCAAGAAGAUAUUGCCAAUCUAUUCUCCCCAGAUGUCUUAUGAACAGUAAAAAUAUUAAGAGAGCAGCCUGGGUUUAACCUCUUUCAGGUUUUCCUCCCCCUACAGGUUACUAACUCUCCUCAGGUUUAUGAAACUCAUAUUUAUUAUAACUUUCAUUCAAACCUUCCCAGAAUUCCCAGCGAAGUUGGUGUGGGUAUGACUCCUCCAACCCCGAUACCCAUAAAAGGAAUGAAUUAUGCAAUAACGGUGUUUCAGCAUGCAAUAAUAUUAACAAGCCCUUGAUAAGCCUGUCAAGUGAUCACAAAUUAACAAUGCACAUCUGCUGAUGUUUUGCAGUCAGAUGCCUCUUCAGAUAAACACAUAUUAUAAAAGGGAGAACAGUGUAUUUUGUACAAAUAUUUUAAAAGUAUUAAAAUAAGCCUGUUAUUUGUGUACAUAAAACAAUUGAAUGAAUGGUGAAAAUGUGAUGUGUUUUUUUUCCCGAGUAACCAAAUGAAACAAUUAUUAAUGCAAA